CCAGAGCCAGGUGGAGACAUUGGAUGUGAAUAUGAAGGUGAUAAAGGAGUGGAUGGAGGGAGCAGAGAAAGAGAUGGACCAGAUAGAGAACCAGGGACCCAACGACCCUGUGCUCAAGGGUCUGCGUGGGGACUUGGAGGUGAUGCAUGGUAAGGUGGAGGCGGUGCGGGUGCUACACCAGGGUCUGAUGGGUACUUGUGGGGAACACUGCCAGGCACAGCUGGGGCCCAAACUGGAAAAACUCAACCAGCGUUUUGACAGCAUCGCACAGCGCAUCACUGCAGGACAGGCAGCAGCAUCAGCGGUGGAGGUGGAGCAGUUCCACAGUGAAGCUAAGAUCUGGCUGGACCUGCUGGAGGAAGAAGAGAAACAGGGAGAGAACCUGAAGGAGGAAGAUUUCACAGGACAGGACGGGAACUGUGAAGAGGGGGCAGUGAAGGAGCUGUUGCUGAAAGGACAGAAGCUACAGAGGAGAGUUCCAGACCUGGACAAGAAAGAACAGAUCAGAAUCAAACACAAUCAGCUCAACACUAAAUACAACAGUGUCAUGGACCUGCGUGGUGUGAGGAGGAGGAAGGCCCUAGCGAUAGCCCCCCAGUGGUAUCAGUACCGUAGGAAGACUGAUGACCUUCUCCAGUGGCUGGACGACAUUGAGAGGAGCGUGGCUGAACUACCUGAUCCAGCAGAGGAACAGAGGGUUAAGGAGAUUGGCUCAGAGUUCGAUGAGAAGAGUGAGGAUCUGAAAGAGGUGCAGGGAUUGGCCAAAGAACUGUCAGACGCAGGGGCGACCUCGCUGGUGCAGCCCCGCCUCCUCCAGCUCAACACACGCUGGCAGGAGGUGGAGGCUAAAUUCACCCCCUACCGCCGACAAAGUGAGUACCUGGGAGAGCUGCAGACCCUGCUACGUUCCGUCUCUGAGACAGAUUUCCAACUGAACUCUCCUGAGUACUGGCAGGCCGUCUUCUACAACCUACCCCAGCAGGGACAGUGCCUUCAGGAGGUGAAGGUGAAUCUGAAGAACCUCCGCCCCCCUGUAGAGGGCGCUCUAGCCAGGAGAGAGGAGGUGGUGGCCAUCGCCACUCCAGCAGAGAGAACCAGGGUCCAGGAGACAGCUCUGCUGCUCAACACUAACUGGGACAAAGUCAACAAGCUGUACCUGGACAGGCUCAGGCGCUGGGAGACGUCUAAUGCUAAGUGGCUGAAGUUCGUAGCGGACCAGAAGGUGCUUGGUGAUUGGUUGAGUGGUGCGGAGACCACUCUGAAACAGGCGAAGACAGACCCUGCUGAGACCAGACCACACCUUUAA